AUGACAACAUCAGAACUAGUUUUCAUCCCAUCUCCGGGCGCCGGCCACCUGCCACCGACGGUGGAGCUCGCCAAACUCCUCCUCGACCGUGAUCAACGGCUUUCCAUCACCAUCAUCAUCAUGAACCUCCCCCUCGAAGCAAAACCAGAUACUGAAACUCCGACUUCCACUCCUCGUCUACGCUUGAUCGACAUCCCGAGUGACGACUCAACCAAAGACCUUAUCUCUCCUAAUACCUUCAUCUCCAAGUUCCUCGAAAACCAGAAGCCUCGUGUCAGAGAUAUUGUCAGUGGCAUCACUGAGUCUCACUCGGUUCGACUCGUUGGGUUCGUUGUCGACAUGUUCUGUGUAGCCAUGACCGACGUUGCCAACGAGUUUGGAGUUCCAACUUACCUUUACUUCACUUCAAGCGCCGCCGCACUCGGGCUGAUGUUUGACUUACAAGCCAAGCAUGACGACGAAGACUUUGAUGUCACUGAGUUGAAAGACUCGGAAUUGGAGGUGUCCAUUCCGAGUUACGCCAACCCGAUUCCGGCGAAGGUCUUACCUUCGGUGUUGUUCGAUAAGGAUGGUGGGUGUAACACGUUUAUUGGUCUAGCAAGAAAGUAUCGUGGGAUGAAGGGCAUACUAGUAAAUACAUUCGAAGAGCUCGAAAGGUAUGCCAUGGAGUCCUUUAUAAGGAGCAACGCCAACAUCCCACUGGUUUUUCCGGUGGGGCCGAUACUGAACCUGAAAAACGCUACAAAUGAUGGUAAGGCCGACGGGAUUAUGACGUGGCUAGAUGACCAGCCGGAGAGCUCGGUGGUGUUCCUCUGUUUCGGUAGCAUGGGAAGCUUCAACGAGGAACAAGUGAAGGAGAUAGCGGUUGCACUUGAAAAGAGUGGACAGAGAUUCUUAUGGUCGCUCCGCCGUCCGCCGUCGAAGGAUAAGCUGAUGGGUCUUCCCAAGGACUACGAAAACUACGAGGAUGUUUUACCGGAGGGUUUCCUUGAACGGACAUCAGGGGUGGGGAAGGUGAUCGGAUGGGCGCCGCAGACGGCGGUGCUUUCCCACCCUUCUGUCGGAGGAUUCGUGUCACACUGUGGGUGGAACUCGACAUUGGAGAGCAUAUGGUGUGGGGUACCGGUGGCAGCUUGGCCACUCUACGCCGAACAACAACUGAAUGCUUUUAAAUUGGUGGUGGAGCUAGGAUUAGCGGCGGAGAUUAAAAUCGAUUACCGUUCCAAUAUGAGACCAGGUAGCAAUGAGAAGGAGGUUAUUGUGUCGGCGGCGGAGAUUGAGAGGGCGAUAAGGAUGUUGAUAAGUGAUGGUGAGAUGAGGAAGAAGGUGAAAGGGAUGAAGGAGAAGAGCAGGUUUGCAGUCUCCGAAGGUGGAUCUUCUCACGUAUCAAUUGGUCGAUUUAUUGAUUAUGUUAUCGUCAACGAAUAA